CGUCUCAUAGAGCAGCAAUAUCGUGCCGAGACACUCUAUCUGGCGCACAAGAAGAAGUUACUUCUUCUCACAAGCUCAGAUUCACUUGAUAACAAUUCACCCUGUCGCUCAAGCGACGAUAGCCCUGGCAGUUGUGCCUCCGUGAUCACUGCUGGAACUGCCGAUAGCCAGGUAAUCCGAGCUGAUAAAGUUGGUGAUGUCUGUUUAUCUCAGGAUGGCAGCAGGGAUAUAAUGACAGGUACAAAAGGGUAUGGAGAAAUGUCUGAUCAAGAAAAAGCGCGUGCCGAAAAAGUGGAAAUGCUUGCACAUCACAAGGAAAGCUUGGAGGCGCUAAAAGCCAGCAUUACGCCAGCCGAAAGGCAACAACUAGCUGUAGUUGUAAAUACCAUUUCUAGGUGA